CCUCUUACGCCACGCGCGGUGGAUUUCGACGCCGCACGCGCCGCAUUUUCCUUCUUCACCAUCACGUCUGGUCGCUUUUCCCCGGUUCAGCAAAAUCGCUGUGGCUCAAGUCCUGUCAGAAUAUAUAUAUUCCUUUGCUUUAUACUCUACACGUACAAUCCACGCUGAUACCGAGUCUUGCACGACUGCCUCCCACGCGACGUCGCGAUGCCUCCCAAGGACAAAGCUGCGGCGGAAACAUCGCCUUCCGAAGAGAUCACCGGCCAGAGCGCUCUUCCCAUCUCGCGAAUCAAGAAGAUUAUACAAUUAGAUGACGAUAUUGUGCAAUGCUCGAGCAACGCUACGUUUGUGAUCGCUAUGGCCACGGAACUGUUCAUCCAAUAUCUUACCGAACAAGGGCAUAACGUCGUCAAAUCAGAACGAAAGCCGCGCAAGCUCAUCCAAUACAAAGACUUGGCUACGGCCGUGUCACGGAUUGACAACCUCGAGUUCCUCUCCGACGUGAUACCCAAGACCACGACCUAUAAACAGUUCAAGGAGAAACGGGCCAAGGAGACUUCCAAGGAAGCCGGGCCCGAGAAGGGCCAGCGCACGUUGAAUGGCAACUUACCCGCGGCGGUCGAGGAGCCAGAAGAGGUCGACAACCAGGAUGGUCUACAAUCAGCGGAUGACAAGCCAUCACGAGGAUCUCGACCACCUACAGUAAUGAUGAUGGUGGAUCGCACGGUGGAUGCAUCGGCGGGAGACCAGGACGUCGAGAUGACGGACCAGUGACUGGGAUAAGCGAACAAAUUGCUGGAAACUUAUUUGCAUGGAGGAGUUAUUGGGGGUUCAUCGCGUUUUCCUUCUACUGUUGGUAGUCAAUUGAAUGUCUCUGGGUCGAUCGCAUUUGGGAAUCGGAUAUGGAUGGCAUGCAGUGCAGCGGAACGGAACGGCAGGGCAGGGCAGAGGCGGCCGGGGACGAGGAGAAAUCGGAACGACACAUGGCGUCAUGAGUAUAUAUAUAUCUGUAUGUUUGUCUAUGAAUAUGAAGAGUG